AAUAAGCAAAAUUAUUGGCCAGCACUUUAAGAUAAUAACUAUCAAUGUAGUAGGACAAAUCUCUGGAUAACCAUGUCAUCAUUUUCAGUACUCAGGGUAGUAGUAACAGUAUUUUUGUCCAGCUCUUAAGAUCUUUCUGAGUUUGUAAUGCUCCUGUGUUGGUUACUCCAGAUUCAGAGAGUGACAGAAAUCUCCUCCCAUGUGGACACUGGUCUCGCCCCGUCUCCAGUUCCACAUUUCACAGUUUCUAAAGUUUCUGUCCCAAAACACGAGUCUAGCUCUGAGGUUUCCAUCGCCGGCUCGGCUAUUGCCACUCUGCAGAAAGAGUUAUCUUCCUCCUCUGCCACCGCAAGAAAGAUCAUCAAGCCUGUCAAGUCUCCCAGUCUGUCUCGUACAAUGGCAGACACCAGAGAGACACUGGAGCCUGUCCCUCCACCGUUCAAAGACUUCACUGAGAGUCAUUAUGACACCGAGUUACAGACGGGGGUGGUGUUCUCGGGGGGCAUGGAGAGAAAAUAUGAGGAUUGGGGAGCCCAGGUUUGUAAUCUAGUGUCCUGGGCAGGAUCUGAACAGGGCAAGAAAACCUGAUGAGUAAAACAAGUCAGAGAAGUU